AGAAUGAGUCGGACGGCAUCCGCUCUGAAAGCAAUGAGGUGUCGUGACAACAUCAGUACACGCCCACCGCAUCCGGAAGUACUGCGGGCUUGAGGAUUUGUUUUGAUGUCAUCAUAGCAAGUUAAAUCGUUGUCUUCACGCCUUAUCUAGAGUCACUAAGUUGGAAAGCUCCUUGAAAUCGAUAUUUUUCAGUCUUGCCUUUAUUUUAUUUCGGAGUUCGAGGUCGGGAAGUUCAACUCAAGAAAGAAACGCAAAUCCUCGGAGGAGCUGCUGUGAUGAAGAACAGGUUAAAAUGAGUUGCCAUAUAGCCGUGAAGCUGAACUCAGUUAACAGCCUUUAAACGUCAAUCAUGGAUUGUACAGCUCUUGAACUCGAUGCUAUUAAAUUUGCCAAAUCAGCUGUACUGCAUGAUCAGAAGGGGAAAUACAAUGAAGCUGUUUUCUACUAUAAGGAGGCUGCCCAGGCUCUCAUCUAUGCAGGCAUGGCUGGAUCCAAACUAGAGAACAUUCAAGACAAAGUAAACGAGUACUUGGACAGAGUACAGACUCUACUCAGUGCCGUUCAAGCACAGAGCAGUGACCCUCUGAAGAGUAAGCAUCAGCUGGAUCUAGAGAGGGCGUACUUUCUGGUGACACAGGCUUUUGAAGAGGAUGAGAAGGAAAACGCAGAUGAGGCCAUUGAGCUCUAUACACAAGCUGUGGAGUUGUGUAUUCAAGCGACCAGUGAGACAUCAGAUCAAGCACUACAGGGGAAACUGAAGCAGCUUGCUCGGCAGGCUCUGGACAGGGCAGAGGGACUGAAAGACUCUCUUAGUAAACCAGCAAACCAGGAUAAGGCUGCCUUCUCUGCAUCCAAAGGCCCUGCUCAGGUGACGCAGUUCUUUCCGUUGGGCCCAGACUUCUCCCUCCAGGACAAAGCGCAGCCGGUCCGAGCAGUGCAGUCCAGUGAGCCGCAGGGUCAACGUUACACAGCAGAGGAGAUUGAGGUUCUCAGGAAGACCUCUAAGAUAAAUGGAAUUGAAUAUGUUCCAUUCAUGAGUGUUGACCUGAGGGAACGUUUUGCGUUUCCUGUUCCAUUCUCGGACAAAUGUGGGAAACUAGCUCUGUCACCAAAGCAGAAAGCUGUAUUCUCACGCUGGGUUCGACCUGAUGACAUCUGCAAUAACCCCACCAUGAUCUACACUGUGUCCAGCUUCAGCAUCAAGCAGACGGUUGUGUCAGACUGUUCUUUCAUUGCCUCAUUGGCCAUCAGCGCAGCGUAUGAGAGACGCUACAACAAAAAAUUAAUCACAAGCAUCAUCUACCCACAGAACAGGAAAGGAGAGCCAGAGUAUAACCCUUGUGGGAAGUACAUGGUGAAACUGCACAUUAACGGCGUCCCGAGAAAGGUGAUUAUUGACGAUUUCCUCCCGGUGGAUCGCAAUGGCGAGCUGCUUUGCUCCUACUCCAGUAAUCGCAAUGAACUUUGGGUGUCGCUCAUUGAGAAGGCUUACAUGAAGGUCAUGGGUGGAUACGAUUUUCCAGGCUCCAACUCUAAUAUUGAUUUGCACGCUCUCACUGGCUGGAUCCCAGAGCGUAUCGCUAUGCACUCAGACAAUCAGUCCUUUAACAAAGAUGACACUUUCCGCAUGCUUUACCAGAGGUUUCACAGAGGAGAUGUUCUCAUCACCACGGCGACAGGGGUCAUGACUGAGGAGGAGGGGGAGAAGUGGGGUUUAGUGCCCACACAUGCAUACGCUGUCCUAGACAUCAGGGAAUACAAGGGUAAAUGCUUCCUCCUGCUGAAGAACCCAUGGAGCCAUCUCCGAUGGAAAGGGCGAUAUAGCGAACGUGAUGAAAAGAACUGGACACCAGAUCUUCUCAAAUACCUCAAUUUUGACCCCAAAACCGCACAGAAGUUUGACAAUGGUGUAUUUUGGAUCAUCUGGGAAGACUUGUGCCAGUAUUACGAUGUCAUCUAUUUGAGCUGGAAUCCAGCACUGUUUAAAGAAUCCUCAUGUAUUCACAGUAGCUGGGAUGGCAAACAGGGACCGGUGAAAGAUGUCUACAGCUUGGCCAAUAAUCCUCAAUUCAAGUUGGAGGUGCAGUGUCCUCAAGGGGGUGCUGCUGUAUGGGUCCUACUCACCAGACACAUCACUGACAAGGUACUGCAACAGAUUACAGUGCAGUGCACUACAAUCAGAUCAAGGGGACACAGUUAAAGCUGGUAUCUUAAAACUGUAAUUAAAUAUGCAUA